CUUAUUGGUUAGCACCCCCCAAAUUCCAAACUCACUGUAGCACCGGGAUCUCGUCUGGUUCUCCUCCGAUGGCCGGCGCACUCCACCGCCGUCUCCUCCUACUCGCCGUCCUCACCGUCUCCGCUCUCCUCCCCCGCGCCGCGGCCGUACGCCCCUUCGUGCUGGUCCUCUCCGGCGAAGACUUCCUCAAGGACCCCUCUGGCGCGCACCCCUCGCUGCCAUCCGCCGACGGCGACAGCGAGGACUGGGAUGACUUCGCGGACGACUCCCCCGCCACCGACCCCCUCCUCUCCCCGUCCUCCUGGAUCCCCCUCCUUGACCCCACCACCCCCUCCCCGUCGGGCGAUCAGCCGGACCCACCGUCCGAUGCGCUCUUCGUCGCGGGCGUCCGCGCCAUGAUCUCAGCGGCAUCCUCGGGGGACGAAGCCGCUUUCUCCACUGCGUCCGCGCAGAUCGACGCUGCAGCCUCUGGGGGACACCCCGGCGCACAGUCGGCGCUGGCGUUCCUCUCCGGAGCUGGAAUGACGCGCCCGGUGUCCCGCUCGCGCGCGUUCCUGCUGCACAAAUUCGCCGCCGACGCAGGAGACCUCCAGUCUAAGAUGGCGCUCGCCUACGCCUAUUUUCGCCAGGAGAUGUAUGAAGAGGCUGUCACACUAUAUGCCGAACUUGCAGAGGCUGCGCUGACAAGCUCCUUAAUCUCGAAGGAGCCACCAGUGAUUGAACCAGUUCGGCUGCACAGUGGAACUGAAGAAAACAAGGAGGCCUUGAGGAAGUCCCGUGGUGAGGAUGAUGAAGAUUUUCAAAUCACAGAGUACCAGGCACAACGAGGCAAUGCUGCCGCAAUGUACAAAUUAGGGCUUCUGUACUACUAUGGACUACGAGGACUCAGACGUGAUUAUGGCAAAUCAUAUCAUUGGUUCUCUAAGGCUGUGGAGAAAGACGAGCCACGUGCUAUGGAGCUUAUGGGGGAGAUCUUUGCUAGAGGUGCUGGAGUGGAAAGAAACUACACCCUAGCAUACAGGUGGUUGAGACUUGCAGCACAGCAGGAACAGUACUCAGCUUACAAUGGACUGGGUUAUCUCUAUGUGAAAGGCUAUGGGGUGGAGAAGAACUUGACAAAAGCAAAGGAAUAUUUUGAAAUUGCAGCUGACCAUAAAGAGCAUGGGGGUUAUUAUAACCUUGGUGUUUUAUAUCUAAAGGGUAUAGGUGUAAAGAGGGAUGUGAUGACAGCAUGCAAUUAUUUUCUUCGUGCAGUAAAUGCUGGGCAACCAAAAGCUAUUUAUCAAGUGGCGAAGUUGUUCCAAAAAGGAAUUGGUCUUAAGAGGAACCUCCAUAUGGCAACAGUUCUGUACAAGUCUGUUGCUGAGAGGGGCCCCUGGAGCUCGAUGUCUAGGUGGGCUCUAGAAUCUUAUUUAAAAGGCGACAUAGGGAAGGCAUUGCUCUUAUAUUCUAGAAUGGCAGAUCUUGGGUAUGAGGUCGCGCAAAGCAAUGCCGCCUGGAUUCUUGAUAGAUAUGGCGAUGAACAUAUUUGCAUGGGAGAAUCUGGCUUCUGUUCAGAUAUGGAAAGACAUCUCCGUGCACAUGCUUUGUGGUGGCAAGCAUCUGAGCAGGGUAAUGAGCAUGCUGCUCUGUUGAUUGGCGAUGCCUACUACUAUGGCCGGGGUGUAGGGAGGGACUAUGAGCGCGCAGCAGAGGCAUAUAUGCAUGCUCAAUCACAGUCUAAUGCCCAGGCCAUGUUUAACCUUGGGUACAUGCAUGAGCACGGCCAUGGACUUCCCCUUGAUCUGCACUUGGCAAAAAGAUAUUAUGAUCAGGCUGUGGAGGUGGAUUCAGCAGCUAAGCUUCCUGUCAUGCUCGCACUAACUAGUCUAUGGAUAAGGAAAAACUAUGCUGGCAGUUUUAUGGUUAAUUUUAUCGACUCGCUGCCGGAGAUGUAUCCUGUAGUUGAGGAAUGGGUGGAAGAUGUUCUGAUGGAUGAAGGGAACGCAACAAUAUUGACUCUAUUUGCUUGCCUUGUAACUGUCCUGUACUUGAGAGAGCGUCAGAGGCGUCAAGUGGUUGCAGACAACCCCCAACAGCCUGACGGUGCACCCAACUAAUGCCAAGAUGAGGGGCCCCUAUGCAGAUGCGAUUGGUUGAGGUACAUAUGGCUGUUUAUUCUCAGUUUUAGCGUCAAGUUUUUGUUGAAAAGCGAGAAGCGAUGAAAUGAAUGCUCAUACUGGACUGGAGUCCUACAAGCGUGGAAUGCUAAUGGCUUUCGUAGGACAAAGCGUGUAAAACGGUGGCCAAGCCUAGACAACAUUUGUAUACCAAACUGACUAGGAUAUGAACUGGGUCGUAGAUGUAUGAUAUUGAGAGAUGUUGUUCCAGGUGAAAAUUCACCAUUUCUGACGUAGACAUGUGCCUGUAAAAGUGUUGAAGUGUUUUUAAGAGCGCUUGUGUUACUCGGAA